AUGGCUAAAUGUAAGUUUGGCAUGGAGGAGAUUGAUUACCUAAGGCAUGUUACCUUUGACAUUGGUGUUCAAGCUGACCCCUCUAAAAUUGAAUCAAGACUAGAAUGGCUCGUUCCAUCUUCAUUGAAGGCACUGAGAGGCUUUUUGGGCCUUACUGGCUAUUACAGAAAAAUUAUAAGAUAUUAUGGCACUAUUGAUGCUCCGUUGAUUGACUUGAUGAAGAAAAAUGUCUUUGUUUGGACUGAGGGGGCAACUCAAGCUUUUAUGGCUUUGAAAAAGGCAAUCACUGAACUUUCUGUGUUGAGGUUACCAGAUUUUCCCUAG